AUUGAGCUCGGGUGGAACAGUGAACACAGCAGGAAGCACAACAACAUCAUCCUCGGCAUCCGAAGCGGUGCUGAUGUCGUCCACAAGUUCGUCUUCAGAGUCAAUGUCGUCGCGCCACUCAAUUUCAUCUUCGAAAAAAUCAUGGCACCGGGCAUUUUUGAAGACAUCCCUGCUUUCCUUGGCACUGAGAGGCUUGAAUUGAGGGUGAUCCACCAAGGCUUCUCUCUUGCGCGCGAGCAGGUCCACGACGUCUUCGGGGAUGGAGAUGGGAAAUGGGGGGUUGGUGACGUGUUUCGAAUGAAACUUGCAAACGGAUGCCCAAUGGGCGGGAUGCUGAGUCGUUUGGGCGUUGAAGAGCAGCCUCCAAAACUUCAUUUGCGUCCUGUCACAAUCAAACGACUUGUAGGUUGUGGCAAGGAGAGCGGUGGCGAAUGGGUAUCCGGCGACACUGGCAAUCUUGAGGAGGGGGCGCACUGGAGUGUCAUCGCUUGGGUGAAUCGACAUGUCACAAAUCCGAUUCAAAUGCCCAAUGCCCAAGAGGUAGAUCGCGACAACGUCCCCGAGCUUGGCGGCCUUUUCGACGGCUUCGAAGUAUGUCUUGAUUUUGGAUUGAGUCAGCUUGAUCGUACCGUUGGAAUUGAUGACUCGGGUCAUCAUCAGGCGAGCAAAAACGGUCGCGGCGGUUGCUUGCUCGGCCUUUGUGUAUGUUGUGGUGUCUUCGGGUGCGUCCAUGAUCUUCAAGAGCCAUCGGUCGUCGAAACAGCUCGGGGACGGAGACGGAUAGAUCUGGUAGAGACGUCGUACUUCCUCGUCCAAAAUCGUCGUUUGGACAUCGAAACAGCCAUUCUUGUUGACGAGGUAGUCUUCGUGGCUGUGGUAGAUUUCCAACCCGGUGAAGCCGAUCCAAAGGCGGUAUUGAACCAACUUGGAGCCGCGGAUGAGGGCUUCAAAGGUCUUGCAGGUUUGCUUGAGGCGGAGUAUGGUGGGGAUGUCCAGGAGCCAGAGGAAGGCUUCAUUGGCCACGACGAUUUCAGCUUGGGUCAUAGGAUUGACUCGGCGGAUGGUGGCGACCUGGGUGACAUGAUCCGAGACGGGCUUGACCGUGGGGUACAAAACCGGAGAGGGCGGGGCACCGUUUGGGGUAGUCCGCAUGACGCAUGCGGCUCCUUCGAGUGUCCCUGGCUUGUCGUCCAAUGCACCACUCGAGAGGGUACUUGCUUUUUU